GGGGCGGUGCCGGGCUCGAGCUCGACCCAGUUUGAAAGUGAACCAACGUCUCCAGUCGCAGCUUCAGCCACUAAACAACAACAAGAAACCGUGAAUCUUAAAAACCCGAAUACCGAUCCAAAGUCUGCUUCUGUCUGUAGCCGCCCCCCCUGACGAACCGCCAGCAUGAUGCGUAAAGACGUCAAUAAGCCGAAGGGGAAGACUUCAGCGUACGCCUUCUUCGUCCAGACGUGUAGAGAGGAACACCGGAAGAAGAACCCAGAGCAGUCGGUCAACUUCGCAGAGUUCUCCAAGAAGUGCUCAGAGAGAUGGAAGGCUUUGUCUGCCAGUGAUAAGAAGUGUUUUGAGGACAUGGCAAAGGCAGACAAGGUGCGUUACAACAGGGAGAUGAGCGACUACGUCCCACCCAAGGGAUUUGGAAAGAGGGGCCGCAAGAGGAAAGAUCCCAACGCACCCAAGAGACCCCCGUCUGCGUUCUUUGUGUUCUGCAGUGAGUACCGUCCCAGUGUGAAGCAGCAGUAUCCUGGUCUGUCUAUAGGAGACUGUGCCAAGAAACUGGGAGAGAUGUGGAGCAAACUGUCCCAGUCUGAGAAACUGCCCUACGAGGAGAAGGCCCAGAAACUACGAGAGAAAUAUGACCGGGACAUGGUGGCGUACCGCGGCGGCGGCACAUAUGCAGCCAGGAACCCCGGCUCUUCAGCUCAGGGAGGAGAGGAAGAGGAAGAUGACGAAGGCGAGGAUGAAGAUGAGGACGACGAUGAUGACGAGUAAAGAGGAAGAGCUGCAGCUGGAUGAGAGAGAGACUGAGAGUGUGUUAGAGAGAGAGACAGGUAGGUGUGUGUGUGUGUGUGUUUCAGAGGUCAGGCAGUGUUAAAGUGAAGGUGAGGGUCCGUGACAGCUGAUUGGACAAGAGGAGGCAGGGGCGGAGCUUCACAACAGAGUAGAAACACAAACUAAAUAACCGACAUUUGAUGUGACAGCUGAGUGAACACAUGCCUGAGGUUGGUGUGUCACACAGGUGUGUGUCAAACAGGUGUGUGUCAAACAGGUGUGUGUCAAACAGGUGUGUGUCACACAGGUGUGUGUCACACCUGUGCCUCAGAAACAAAGAGAUACUCUGAGCUUCACUGCCGUGAUAACAGGUGUCCUCUGAGCUGGACCUGCCAGAAUCAACCAAAAAUAACGUUCAGUUAUUCCUUCUAAAACACACACGGCUUCAAACUGUUCAGAUGUGUGUAAUAUCUGCCGAUAGACCUGAGGUGACUCGACAGUCAGGAAGGAGGCCGGUCCAGCUCCUGAUGAUGGUUCAGACCGUAUCCGACUACCUGAACUACAGCUGGAAUAACUUUGUGUUUAUCAGCCAUCUGAUUGGACAGCUGAGUCAUGAUCGAUGCUCAUCUGUGUGCUGAUCCUGACAGAGAGACAGGCAGGCAGAGAGACAGGCGGGCAGAGAGACAGACAGGCAGAGAGACAGGCAGAGAGACAGGCAGGCAGAGAGAGAGACAGGCGGGCAGAGAGACAGGCAGGCAGAGGGACA